CAGCAACAUUCAAGUUUGGCGGUGUAUCAGUUUUCUCCUAAGUCCUAAAUAACUAUGGGUGUCAAUACCAGGAGAAAUACAAAAAAUAAAGGAAGGUCGCUCGAUGGCCUAUCAUCAGAGGAACUUACGUUUUUGAAUCAAAAUUAUAUACACCUUGUCAGCUCAAAACGAAAAUGUGGACUCAUAUGCAACGCCUGUGGAAUUCACUUGCCUUCUGUUGGUGCAGCAUUUCAUCAUACUUCUUCGACUUUUCAUAAUACAAACCUUACGACUGCCGAACUGAGAACAACGCUUCUUCAUUUGCCUCCCAUCACAGACUCCCAUAGAAUCGCAUUAAACUUAGAGUUAAAAUCCGCUGUUCUUUCUGUUGUGCUGGAUACCAGUGAGAUGCAGCGACGAAAGAGUUUUGUAAAUAAUCUGAUUGCUGCCAUCGAAGCUCGAAUUCCAAAUAUAAAAGUUAAAGGAACUGGUAGCUUAUGGUUUGGUUUAGCUCUACAAGAUACUCACUGUUCAUUGGAUGUGGUUUGUUCAAGCGAUUUUAAUGAGAAUGGAUUAUUGGCAAUGCAGCCAACUAUGGAUAAUGAUGAUGAUGAUAAUGAUAAUGAUGAUGAUUUUGAUGAAAAAGGCAAUAAUAAUGAUACUGAUAAUAAUGGUCAGUCUAGUCCACAAUCUGUAUUUGAGCAGUUAACAAAUGACACGGAACAAUCAAUGGGUUAUGUUUUAUCUGAUGUUUUCGAAUUACUACAACUUAAUGCAUGCGAACCACCACCUGGUCAAACUUUUCAAAUACCAGGAACAGCUGCUUUGUCUGAUUCUUCUACUGACCAUGAUGAUACAAGAAUGUCAGGCAAACGGGAUUUCCCUAAAUUUCAUACUGUUUUACGUACAAGGAUUGAUUACUUUUACCUGUGUCUGACGGAUUUCUUCGGUGUAAAUUAUCGUAUUAGUAUUGGUUAUCCGUAUAGAAAUGACUUAGAUUUACUGAUUAAUACUUAUCUCAAUUUAAAUGAUCAAGCUCGGCAAUUAGCAAUAUUAUUCCGUAAAUUAUCACGGAUAGGUAGUUUAGAUAUGCCGGAAAAUGGUACCUUUGAAGAAACGGUUAUACCUCUCUUAGUCAUAUUUUAUUUACAACAUUGUGAACCCCCAGUACUUCCAAAUCUUCAUACACUUUAUCGUCAACAUCGUGAUGAAAUUUCUGAAGAUUCUUAUCAUCAGGUUUUGGUGAACAAUAAUACUGAUGAUUGUUCGUUUAUUACAGACAUUGAAUUAAUUCACAAAUUUUAUCCUAAUCUACCAGUCACAGAUCCAUCAUUGUCUAACAAUGUCCCAUGUUUAGCUGAUUUAUGGCUUGGUUUUCUUCGAUUUUAUUUAUUUGAUUUUAAAAUGUCUUCUUGUAUGAUUAAUAUUCUGGAACCGGAACCAGUGACAUUUUCUAAUAGUUUCGGGAAGCGUUUUACAGUUAUUGACCCUUUUAAUCCUAAACUUAAUCUGUGCAAGAAUUUAACUAGAACCAGUCAAGAAUAUAUUACUUCACAAUUAUUAGCGGCCUAUGGUUAUUUCGGUGUACCAAGACUAGCCAGUAAUGGUCGACAUUUGUUCACACGCAUUUCGGUUGCCGAAAAAUCCUCUGUUGAGCCAAUAGAUAAUUGUGAAAAGUUGGAUCAGAGUACUAAUAGCCAAACAAUGAUGUCUAAUAAUAAAAUAAAAACAGCUGAAAGUAUUCAUUUAACACCUAUCAUUGAUGAUUCUGACAAUUUCGCAUCAAAUUUGAAGAAAGUAACAAAUUUAGUUACAGAAAAGUUUCAAUUACUUACAAACAGUGCCACUAUUAAACAUGCUGUCCUACCAUCAACAGGGGAAGAUUCAGUGGAGAGUUCUUCAAGUAGUAACUGCACACCAUCGAAUAUUUCCAGCCCUGGAGAGAAAACUCUCCCAUUUUUGCAGAUGUUUACGUAUAUUCUUACUUAUGUCAUGGAUGAACUAUUUGAGUCAACCAUUGUACCCGAUCUUGUCAAUGAAUGCUUGAAUAUGUCAGAAAAGAAAUUUCACAUACCUUUAUCAUGUUGUUCAUCUGAGCUUACUUUAAAUGAUUCUAUUCAGAUUACAAGGAAUUUCGCUCAUGCUUAUUGGUUAUAUUUUUUUAACACAUAUAUUAGUAAAGGAAAGUUUACAAUGUCAAAACGAAUAAUUAAAAAAGCCACUGCAUUGGUAUUCCGUAAAAGUAUUAACUCAUGGUCAGAAGGUUUAAAAAUACAAAACUCUAUUGAUAGUGGUGUUUCAAUUGAUUCACCUCGUGAUCAAUCACAAUUUCCCCAGAUGAAUUAUUCAACUGGAACUGUACUUGAAGAUCUAUGUAGUCAUCUACUGUCUCCUAAUGAAAUGAUUAAAGAUGAUUUAGAAAGUGUAAUUGAACAAAGUCCAAGUGAUUUUCUUAAUUUCGAAGAAACAUAUCAUUUAGAAAAAGUGGAAAAUUCACACAAUGAAUUUAUGACUAAUUCUUAUGAUACUUUUUUGGAUGAUACUUUAGAAAAUGAUGUCAAUGAUGUUGAAAUGCAUGAACACUUAGAGUGUACUUUUGAUUUAGAUUAUGGUGAUGAUCUGAUUGACUAUGAACCUUUGGAAUCUUCAACUCUUCAAAGAAGUACUCAUAAUAAUGUCAAAUCUAACAUUAACAGUUUAACAUCAAAUGAUUCAUUUCCAGUCAAUCAUUUAUCACCUUCUAUACAUUCUUCAACAAAUGAAUUAGUUGAUACUUCCAAUGAACUUAUUAAACAUGAUGAUAAUGACGGUAAGGAUGCUACAGUAUUAGAAAAUAAAGUGACAUUUGAAGUGGAGCAACAACAACAACACGACAAUAUUAACACUUCAAUCAGUCCGAAUAAUAAUAAUAAAAUCACUCCUAAAUCUAAGAAAAAGAAAGGAGGUAAAAAGAAACCUCAAUGGGAAGAUGUUAUUUCGUCUCGUUCUGCUGUCACUCCUCCAAUUGACGAUGAUCGUCCAGAUUAUUAUAAUUCAAAACUUUUAGAUGAUUUAGAACCGGAAGAUUUUGAUUUUAAAUUUAGUUUACAUGGUCAAUUAUCUGGUACACAACAAACAUCAGUUUUAGGCUUAGCUUCAAGAAAACAUCCAUCUACAUUAAUAGCUCAUCUUGAUGCACCUCAACCGCAAUGUCAAGCGUGCAAGUUAACUGGUCAUCGACAGUCGCAAUGUGAAACAUCCAAUGAUAAAUCAGUAUCAUUUUCAGCUUGGCAAAAAUUAUUAAAGAAAUUACCAUGGCCACCAACUAAUGAACAAAUUCAUAAUUUAAAUUAUUGCCUUAAUAGUUUAGAAGAAUAUCAUGAAACUGAUAAUAAAGUUAAUGCACGUCAAGAACUUGUUAAAAAAAUUCAUCAAUGUUUUUUAUCUCGUUUUCCUACUGUUCAACUUGAAUUAUUUGGUUCUUGUGCUAAUGGUUUUGAUUUACAAACAAGUGAUUUAGAUGUGUGUGUAUUUUUUCCGCCUGACUCAGAUGAAUGGUAUGAUUUAGAGAAAGGAUAUAAAACAGUUGAGCUAAUUAAACAAUUCAGAAAACUAUUGUUUAAUUGUGCUAAUCGAUUAAAUAUUAGACAAAUUAAGCCAGUUCUCAGAGCUCGUGUUCCUAUAUUGAAAGUGUCAUUUUCCAAUUCAUUUGAAGCAGAUAUAAGCUUUUCUAACUAUUUGGCACUUUCAAAUACACGAAUGCUUGCAUUUUAUACUAAAAUUCAGCCAAAACUUCGUACUCUAGGCAUUGCAUUGAAAACUAUCGCAAAGAUAACAAAAAUUAGAACAGCAGCCUCUGGAGGUAUUUCUUCAUAUGCAUGUAUCAUCAUGUUAAUUCAUUAUCUUCAGCAAAUUGAUCAACUUCCUGUUUUACAAGAACUUUAUGAAGGAUCAACGAAACCGACUAAUAUUGUCAACGGUUGGAAUGUUUGGUAUCAAAAUAAUUUAUCCACUGUAAAUCGUUUAUGGAAACCAGCUAAUCCGGAACAAUCAGUAGGAGAUAUGUGGUUGGGAUUUUUGCGUUAUUAUCUAUUCGAAUUCGACCAUGAUACUUAUGUUGUAACAAUCAGACAAAAGAAGUUGUUAAUACGAUUUAUGAAAAUGUGGAGAUCUUUAUUCGCUAUUGAAGAUCCUUUCAAUUUGAAUCACAAUCUUACUGCCGGUUUAAGUCAUUCAAUAUUUCUUCAUUUGCUUACCGUAUUCCACACGGUUCUUGUUCAUCAUACUACAUUCUUACUGAAACAAAUGCCCAUAAAUCAAUGGUGCUACUAUUUGUUUUCUCCAGAAUACAUUGUUGUUGAAAGAAGUUUCUUUAAAAAGAAUACACAUAAUGAACUUGCACAAUGGGCACCUCUAUGUUCAAAAAAUAGAAAUGAAACAAAUAAUCCUGAUGUUGUUGCAUUAAAUUCACUGAUCGGUCAUUUUUUAGGUACAAAUCAAGCAUCACAAUCGAAUUCACAAAAACCAAUCAAUCAAACCUAUCGUAAUUCAAAUCAAAAUCGUCAGUCGAAUUCUUUCAAGAACUUCACAAAAUGUAAUAGUAUUCCAAAAAACAACACAUCAGCAAAUGCCUAUAGGAAUCCUUUUAAACCACAAAAUUGUCAAAUUCAACCUAUAUUAAAUAAUUUUCAACAACAACAGCCUACCACUUCCAAUUUACUUUAUACACAACCGUAUCGUGUAAAUACGCCGAAUAAUUGUAAUUUCAUGAAUCUUUCAAUACCAUAUCGCGCUCCUUUAUUUCCGGUUAAUACUAUUGGUCCUGUACUUAAUUAUGGUUUCAUACCUAACAAUUUGACAAAUAACAACACUAUACAACCUAAUCCCUAUAGUCGUUAUUUAACCCCUGUUAUUAGUGUAAACAAUCAACAGAAUAGAAAUACUACUACACAAGCGAAUUGCCCAAUGAAUUAUCAACCACAAAGUCAACAAAACGGUAAUAAUAAUAAGCCUAAAAAUUGUCCUAAAUCCAAUCCAGGAUCCAGUUCAAGUGUUUCAUCUACUUCGUCAAAUCAUCCAUCUAAGCCAAAAAAGUAUGAAAAUGAUUAUAAUAUGUCUAAUUCUCAUCAAACUACUAAUAAUAUAUCACGAAAAUCACACAAUCAUGAUUCACACAGCACCAAUCUUGGAAUCAAUAAUAAUCACACUUCAAAGAGUAAUAAUUGGUCAUCUCCAGGGAAAAAGACAAAGAAUCCUAAUGCCACAACAUCAUCAUAUGGACAAAAACAGUUUGAUUAUUUAUCAAAAGUAAAAUCAAAUUCUCAACAAUCUCCACAGAAAGGAAAAUAUGCACAGACUAAUGAAUAUGUGUCAAACUCACAUGAAAUUGGACAAAGUAAACAAGACAAUUAUUCAUUAUCAGAAUCGAAUAAACCUAAUAAUUCAUAUUUUAAAAACAAUCGAAAUCCUCAACGUUUCAAUUGUACAACUCAUCCACGUGGAUCGUCACAUUCAUCAAAUAAUAAAAAUAAUAAUAACAAUGAUCAUUUAAUCGAUAAAAAUUUAAUUGAACGUCUUCACAAUAUGUCCACUACAUUUUCAUCUUCACAGAGUAGUAACAUUAACUAGCAUCAUUACUAUUCUAAUAAUUCAUAAUUUUAAACUAAUCUUUAUCACAAAUGUAUGCAGCAGAUAUGAAUGUUUGUACUGGUUGCUUCUUUUUUUAUUUUAUUGGACAUUUUGUUUAAGAUUUAUUGUUAUUAAUAGUCGAAACUCAUGGUAAAAUCCCAGUACUACAAUAUUAUUUCUUAAUUUCAU